GUGCCUCUAUAAAGCCUGGAAACACACUCCCCUCCAGUCAUACUCAACUGAGCCGACUAGACAUCACUCCGUUUGACUCUGCAUGUCAACGCUACAAGUCAAGCCUCAAGGCAUGAAACGCAGGCGGCUGUUGCCUCCCCUGCCUCUCUUACCCACCAUCACUGAGACGCUCGAGGACUCCCCUGCCCACCUGUCAUCCUCUCAAUCUACCCAGAGCUCCCAGUCUCUAGAGGACUACAUGACAAGCAUCCAGGCUCUUGCCUGCCCUGCUGAGACCCCGAGCUGCGGUCCCGUCCGACUCCAGAGGUCCCCCAGGCUGCGGCAGUUCUCAAAGGCUCAGAUGAAGCUCUCUGUGACAGCCGCACUUCCUCGCGGCUCUCCCCGCACACUAAGGACUUCCAGACAUUACAGUCUGGGUCUAAACAGCUCAGAGGAUUUUUCUCUCAAGAUUAGCAGAGAAAAAGACUGCCGGGGCAAAGACCCUGUGGACUGGCUGUUUGGACAGAUAAGGACUUAAAGGGAGAUGUUGCUGUGGGACGCACUGAAAGCACUUUGGUGGAAUAUCUCAUAUUCAAACAAGGCUGGAAGAACCUGUUCUGUUUAUCAAGAUUACAGCAGCGCAAUGUCUGAUGGGACUUAUUAUGAAGGCUGAACGCAGACAUGAUCAGCAUAUGUCUCGGGAGAAAAGUGGAGAUCUAUUUAUUUCUAUGCACUGAGGACUCAAGUCUACAUGUUUACAUUGUUGGAUAUUUUGUAAUGAUGUAAAGGAUAAGGUUUCUAAUAAAGUACUAAAAUAAUCAUGAA